GGAGACUAGACUGGCUGACUGGCUCAGAGUCUGGCUUUUGCUUUUACAACUCAUAAUGUCAACAGAAAACGGAAAGUCUACACCGUCAAACAGGCCAGAUUCAGAAGCUGAUGACAUAGAGGAGCCGAAAAGCACAGUAAAUAUUCAGAUGAAGAAAGAAUCACACGAUGAAGAUGAAGCAGCAGGAGAGGUUGAAAAAAGAAGUGAACCACCCAGUGAACAAGAGGAUACUGCUGAUUCACAAGUUUACACAGCCACAUCAUUGCCUACCAUUCCCAAAGAGACCAGAAACAAAACUCACCCGCUGGUCCUUGAUUGGGCUUAUGGCAUCAACUCAACCCUACCUGUUUUCAGCCUGCAGGAUAAAGACCGGCUUGUCAUCAUCUAUGCUUGUGCUCACGUUGCUGUCAUUUAUGAUCACACUUCUAAAUCUCAGUACCUGUUACAAGGCCACUGCAGUCCAAUCACAUCUCUGUGUACAAGUGAAGACAGACGUUGGCUCGUGACUGCUGACAUGGGCCAAGAGAGUCUUGUUAUCAUAUGGGAUGGUUAUACAGGGAUUCCUGUGAAGACAUUGUUUGAUUGUCAUCCAGAGGGUGGAGUCUGCCUUGCACUGUCAAAAGAUUCAAAAUAUCUUGUGACUGUUGGUGCUGGACCAGUACAGCGAGUGUGUAUUUGGAACUGGACAGAUGAAAGCGAAAAGCCAGCAUGUCAAAUUGACCUCAACCCAAAAUACGGUUGCCAGAAACAAAUACUUUUCAAUACCUCUGACAGCACACAGCUGGUCAGCAACAGCAGCUCUCAGGUUCUCUUCUACAACUGGGAAAGGGGACAUCUGGAAUACUCUGCACCUGAAGUUACUGAUAAGACCUUCAAUGCAGUGAUAGGUUCUCUGAGCCAGUCCGUCUUCCACUACGAUGGCGUGCAGGCUUUUACAGCCACCUCAGAUGGGAAUAUAAUUCUCUGGGACAAGCAAACGGAGUCUGUCUCUCGUCAACCCAUAGUGAGGAAUGCCAUAAAACUAGUUUCUCUGCAGAAGGAAGCAAUCACUGUAUUGACUCUGAUUGACAGUUUUAUAGUAACAGGCGAUGUGAAUGGACACAUCAAAUUCUACGAUGGAAAUCUCAAGCUUGUCAACUUGUACAAUGAGUUUAGCUUGGAUCCCAUCAGAUCCAUCUCCUUUUCUAAAGAAAGGCCCUCCAAUAGCAGCCUGGAAUAUCCAAAAGACUGCACGCUGGAUGCCAAGCCAUUUGUCAUGAGAAAUGUUGUCCUCUCUACAACUCAUGCAACUGUAGUACAUGUAAACACACAGACAAAUGUUCCUAAGAGCCUUCUGCGGGAACAUGCAGAACCUCUGCAAGCAGUUGCCUGCCAUCCUAAACAACCAUUGGUAGCUAUGGGCAGCCACAGCGGCACCAUUAAGGUAUGGGAUUAUGAGCAUAAAGAGGCCGUCUGCAGCAGAGUCUUCCUGUCCCACAAACAGAUCCAGUGCAUUACCUAUGAUCCACAAGGUUUUUACCUGGCAGUUGGUUUUGCUAGCGGGGCUUUGCAGAUUGUUGAUGCCUGUACACUUUACAAUGAUGGUAAAGAAUGUUUACAGUUCACUCAGGACAGCAUUACUCAUCUAACCUUCUCUCAGGACUCACGAUAUCUGGCUGCUGCGGACACAGGAAAAGCUGUGACGUUGUUAUGUCUAUGUGAAGAGGGGACUCAGGAGAUAUGGAAGUACCAGGGCAGACACCACUCACAUUAUAAACCCAUCCAGGACCUGCUGUUUGGAGUAGAUUUAGAUAGCAAUCAGCCUCGACUGCUCUCUCUUGGCAUGGAUCGCAGGCUGGUGGAGUAUGAUCUGCAGAGCAGUGGUGAAAACGAGUUGUUGAUUUUGAGUUGCGAUCGAAUCGAGCAGAGCGCUGUGCCCACAUGCAUGGUGUGGUAUCCUCCUCUGACGCCCGAAAACUUUCUUCUUACAGCCUCCAACCUUUAUAAGAUGAAGCUCUUCAAUGCGACCUCCAAAAUGUGCAGAAAAACACUCUCUGCACCCUCUUAUGGCUCUCCAGUGAAAAAGAUGGUCAUCCUACCUGCAUCCAAAGAUGGCGACUGUAAUUCCCGCUACAUGGCUUAUAUAACAGAAGAUAAGGUUGGCAUUCAGAUUCUGCCUCUGGAUGGAAAUCCUCACAAGUCCUUUGUAAUGAUCUGUCACUCAACAGGUGUCUCCACUCUUGCUUGCUCAUAUGAUGGUAGAUAUGUUUUCACUGCUGGAGGAAAAGACUGCACUGUCUUUUCAUGGGAGCUCAAUUUGCUAUCAUUGGAGGCAUCUGCUGUUCUAGGAGGAAAAGGCAUGUUGCCCUUCUAUGAUCUACUGGAGGGAGGAAGAGAUGGUCUGCUAUUUAAGGAGAUGGAGGAAUAUUUUUACUACUGUCAGCUACAGGAUCAAAACCUUGACUCUAUGGAAACCCGGCUUGUGUCCACACGCAUCCCUCUUGUUGAUGUGCCCUUCUUAAUGCGAGCCCUUGGCUUCUAUCCCACAGAGCAAGAGCUGGAAGACAUGCAAAAUGAGGUGAAGUUCAGCCGCUAUGCUGAGACCAGAAAUUAUGUGACAGACAUCGAUCUGGAGGAGUUCAUUAGGCUGUAUGUCAACCACAGACCUGCCUCUGGCAUUUCCAGGCAGGAGCUGUGCAAUGCCUUCCAGGUGCUUGGAAAGCCAGACGAGGAGGGCAGGUAUAAUAUUGACAGAGAUGAACUGCUUGAGCUACUGCAGGCUAGAGGCGAACAUAUGACUGAAGAUGACUUGGCUGAAUGCUUUACAACUCUUUUAGCUGCUAGUCCAGAUGGAGGCAAUUGCACAGAGUCUCUGUUGGAAAGUGUGCUUCCAGCUGAAAUCACCAUGGACGCAUUUGCCUCAGAUAUAUUGGGCUUUUCUGUCGCCACCCAGGAGCUCCAUCAAGAACACGGACAGGAGUCAUAAUAUAUUUAAAUUUCCUUGCUUACGUUUAUACGUUAUCAAUAAGUAAUGUAUUUUAAAACAGAUAGUCUGUUGUUGUGUGGUUACCGAGCUGUUGUAUUAUAUUUUGCGUUUAUUACGU